UGAUGCUCCUUUCAUUUUUUGAAUGGCUUGGAGGUUUGAUUGGUCUACCAGAAGAUCAAGCAAGAAUGGUGUUUGGAUUCAUAAUCACAAUACCUUUAGGCUUCCUAUUUAAAACAUUAAAGAGUAUUUAGAUUAAAUUAUGAAACAAACAUUAGGUGCUCAAUUAAGAAAAUAUUUUGGUUUGACUAUUGGUUUGCUAUUAUCAUAUAUGUUAUACUAGGAAAAAUUGAUUAGUGUAAUAAUAUAGAAUAUCAUUGUGUAUGAAAUGACUAAGCGAAUUUCAUUGAAUAAAAUUGGCAUAAAAGCAAAAUGGGUAUUUUAUGAAACCUUGAUUUAUGUUGCAGUACAUCAUAUUUAUAGACAAUAUACUGAUUAUGGUGGAUGGUAAAUAUAUGAAUAAUGAAUAGGAAAUUAGAUAUAACAACAAUAUUAAUGAUGAAUACAGUAAAAUGGACAUCUUUUGCAUAUAAUUAUGAAGAUGGUUUAAGAAAAGAUGAAGAUUUGAAUUCUGAUCAAUAAGAAAGAAAAUUAUCAAAAAUGCCAUCAUAUACAGAUUAUUUUGGAUUUAUGUUUUUCUUUUGUGGAUGUUUAGCUGGAGUAAGAUAAAUUAAUUAAUUUAGCCAUCUUUUGAUUAUUACGAUUAUGAUAUUUUUAUUAAAAGGACUAAUGUAUAUUAGAAUAUUCCAAGUACAUUCUCUGAAACAUUCCGUUUAUUUAGAAAUGCAUUAAUAUAUAGUUUUUUCAUUGUUGUUGUAUAUCCAAGAUGGUCUUUGGAAUCUUUAUUAUCUACAGAAUAUGAAGAGGCCUGUUUGUUAUACAAGAUAUUAUGGUUAAAUUUAACUAUUACUUUACAUCGAACAAAAUAUGUUUCAGGAUGGUUAUUCUCUGAAAGUGGAUUGGCUGCUGCUGGUUUUACUUAUAAUGGAUAGUAGGAUGGAAAAGAUAGAUGGUUAAGAAUUAGAUCAAUUGAUCCUACAAUAGAUUUGACUACAAAUCCAAAAGAUAAAAUUGAAUUAUGGAAUAUUUCAGUUUAAGUUUGGUUAAAGAAAUAUGUUUAUUUGAGAGUGUAUCCUGAAUCAGUAUUAAAAUCAAGUGCAGCUAAAUCAUAAAAAGCUCAAUUAAUAACAUUUGCUGUCUCAGCAUUUUGGCAUGGAUUUUAUCCAGGUUAUUAUAUUUCUUUCUUCCAUUGGAAUUUAAUUGGAAUGAUCAAUAAAUAUAUCCAUAAACUAGGAUAGAAUACAAAUGUAUUGAAAAUUUGGGAUAAAAAUAUCUUUUUCAGAUCUGUAAGAUUUUAUUUUGUAAAUUCAUUAUUCAAUUCUUUUGGAGUAGGAUUUUAAUUGAUGAAUGUAAGAGAUAAUUUAAGAUUCUAUGGAUCAGUAUAGUAAUUAAUUAUAUUAAUAAUCUUAGUUACAUUUUUAAUUUAACAACCUAUAUUCUAUUUGCAUUUUUCACAGUAACUUAAUUUGGCCAAAAACCAAGAAAGAAGUAAUGA